UUUUCUCCUCCUCGCCAGGGGAGUACCGCUUUCAUUCUUUCCAACUCCCGAUUCCAGUCAGCAAUAUCGGUUCUUGAGAUUAGUACAAUGAUGGUAGCCUCGAGUCCCGCGGCGGUCGCCCUCCUCAUCGCUUGGUUCAUGACCGCCUCAGUCAGUUCCAAAUUAACGCCCAUUUUCAGGGCAGCAGAGGCGUACAAAGGACUCAGCGCCGACCAGAAAAUGUGCGCUGUCGACGACACAUAUUCGGCAGCAUACAAAACGCGAUGUGACGACAAGGCGUGCUUCUGUGCCAACCCCCAAUUCAUCUCGGACACGGUCGACCAGUGUCUGAUAUUCUAUGCGGAUUUCCUCGUCGCGAGGCCAGAAGUGUACUCGACCGAGAACUACAACAGCAUCAUGAUGUUCUUUGGAAACGAGUGUGGGACGUUCCAAGUCCAGACGAAGACAGUGGCGACUCAGUCGAUCACGUACACCUCAACGCUCGUUCAGACCAAGACACAGCCUGGUGGCGGUGCGGCAACCGUCACUGGUGCCGUGAAUUCUGGAUCGGGGACCAGCUCAGGUACGGCGAACAACCAGGGAGGCACGAGGAACACUCAGGGAGAGCAGCCUCAGGAUGGCGGUGGUCUUAGCAUCGGCGCAUGGAUUGGCAUCGCCGCCAGUAUUCUGGGCGGCAUCGCUGCACUGGUGUCUAUUUGGUACAAGUGUCGCAGGAAGUAGUCUCCUUACAUGUACGAGUCUGAUCUUCUUUGGCGCAACCAGGAGUUACUAGAUCAAGCGGGAAAGCGGUUGUGUCCCCACGAGAACAAAACAUGAAGUAAUGAACAGAGACACAAUCUUUCUUUGUCUUCGAGUCACAGUUCUAACACCUCAAUGCCGGAAACCACAUCCCUCGCAGCUUCCAUCUUCCUGCGUGUUAAUGUCAA